UUUCCCAUAAUGGCACAGUCACAAAUGGUGAAAACACUAGAGGUCUGCAAGGUGGCUCCGCCACCAGACCUAUCACGCUCAGCCAUCCCCAAGUCUCUCCCUCUGACCUUCUUCGACUUAUUCUGGCUAAGAUCACCACCAUUUCAGAAUCUCUUCUUCUAUGAAAUCCCUUCUCAAAACACACUUCAAUUUGAAUACUCCAUUAUUCCAAAGCUCAAACAAUCCCUCUCUCUUACCCUCCACCACUACCUCCCUCUCGCAGGAAAUCUCACGUGGCCUCAACACUCUCACAAACCAAUCAUCAAAUACGUUGGUGGAGAUGGAGUUUCGCUUACCAUAGCCGAGUCCAACAUGGAUUUCUAUCAUCUCACCAGCAACCACUAUCGCCAAGAAACUGAUUACCAUCUUUUGCUGCCCCAGUUGGAAGUCUUCGACGAACGAGCCGCGGCGAUGGCUCUGCAAGUCACCUUGUUUCCAAACAGUGGCUUCUCCAUUGGAAUCACCGCCCACCAUGCGAUCCUGGAUGGUAAAACUUCAACAUUGUUUAUCAAGUCUUGGGCUCAGAUUUGCAAAGCUGGAGCAGAUUCCCCAGCUUUGGUGCAUCAGCUUACGCCAUUCUACAACAGGGAAGUUAUUAAGGACCCGACGGGGCUCGAUUCGAUUUACAUAACCCAGUGGCUAAGGCAGGGCGGACCUAAUAACAGAAGUCUAAUGAUAUUCGACUCUGUAGUUCCACCUGAUUUAGUACGAGCCACGUUCGAAUUUACUAAAGACCAUAUACAAAAGUUAAGAAAAUGUGUUUAUGAAAAGAACUCAUCGAAGCCUCCAGUUCAUAUAACAAGCUUAUCGCUAGCGUGCGCUUUCAUAUUGGUUUGCGUAGUAAGGGCUUCGGAAAAUCAUGUAAAGAAAAACAGAUUGGCAAAGUUUGUGUUCGGCGUGGACUGUCGAUAUCGGUUGAAACCGGCUAUUCCUUCAACAUAUUUCGGAAACUGUGCAAUAGGCCGUCCGGCAAUUGUAGAGACAAAAGAUCUUCUUGGGGAAGAUGGGAUAUUAUCAGCCUUGGAGGGAAUAAGCGAAGCUAUAGCAAGUUUGGACGAUGGGCUUCUUGAUGGGGUAGAUAGUUGGGCUUCGUUAAUCAAUUCUAAGGAGCCUGAUGAGAUCCCACCAACUGCUUGUAUUGCAUGGUCACCUCGGUUUCAAGUAUACAAUACUGAUUUCGGAUGGGGAGCACCUAAGAAGUUUGAAAUGACUUCUAUAGGUAGAACGGGAGCGAUCUGUAUGUCUGAUAGCAAGAAUGGCAAUGGAGGAUUUGAGAUUGGAAUGGUCUCGCAGAUGAAAAAGAUUGAAGCUUUUGCUUCUUCUUUUGCUAAAGGUCUUGAAGCCCUUUGUAAUGUGAGGCAAUCCAAUUCUAGAGCUGUAGUUGAAUUUGGGUAAUGCUAUAAAAUUUCUAUUUGCAUUAAGGGUUAAUAUGUAUCAUGUAUGUAGCUGGAAAACUGUUUUCCUUUUAGGAGUUUAAAGAAAUAAAGUUC